AUGCUCUUCUCUCGCUCCCUUCGCCUUUCGUGCAACCCUCUUCGAUCGAUAAGGCCUCGUCCAACAUUUUUCUCAACAUUCGGUCCACGCUACUCUAUCGACAUGGGGACCGUAGAUACUACUGAACGCUUGUUCAAGCUGCGGCAGUUGAUGCAGCAGCACAAGGUGGAUGUGUACAUUGUUCCUUCGGAAGAUAGCCACCAGUCCGAGUACAUUGCACCAUGUGAUGCCCGACGAGAGUUUAUCUCUGGAUUCUCUGGAUCUGCUGGCACUGCAAUCAUUUCUCUGAGCAAAGCUGCUCUCUCAACCGACGGGCGUUACUUCAACCAAGCCGCGAAGCAAUUGGAUACCAACUGGCAGCUUUUGAAGCGCGGAGUGGAGGGGGUUCCCACAUGGCAGGAAUGGUCCCUGGAGGAGGCCCAGGGUGGAAAGGCCGUUGGCGUUGAUCCCUCCCUGAUCACGGCGUCCGGCGCACGCAAACUGGCAGAGACCCUUGAAAAGAAUGGGUCAUCACUGGUUGGCAUUCAGGAAAACCUGGUCGAUCUGGUGUGGGGCAAGGAUCGCCCUGCGCGUCCCAGUGAGAAAGUGCGCGUACACCCCAGCAAGUAUGCCGGCAAGACCUUCCAGGAGAAGGUCUCUGAGCUGCGCAAGGACCUCGAGGCCCGGAAGAAGGCCGGCUUUAUCACCUCCAUGCUUGAUGAAAUCGCUUGGCUGUUCAACUUGAGAGGAACCGACAUCCCGUACAACCCUGUCUUUUUCUCAUACGUCUUGAUCACCCCGACCACAGCUGAGAUCUAUGUCGAGGAGGACAAAUUGACCCCAGAAGUCAAGGCUCAUCUUGGACAAGAUGUUAUUAUCAAGCCAUACGACUCCAUCUUCGCUGAUGCCCAGGCUCUUGCUGCCCGAUCCCAAGCCACUGGCGAGGAUGCUGAAAAAUUUUUGCUGUCUAACAAAGCAUCAUGGGCUCUGAGCAUCAGUCUCGGCGGUGAAGCCAAGGUUGAGGAAACUCGCAGCCCCAUCUCCGAUGCCAAGGCUGUCAAGAAUGAGAUCGAGCUGGAGGGCAUGCGGGCUUGCCACAUCCGUGACGGCGCUGCCUUGACUGAGUACUUUGCUUGGCUUGAAAAUGAACUCGUUAACAAGAAGACUGUUUUGGAUGAAGUUGAUGGUGCUGAUAAACUCGAGCAAAUUCGUUCCAAGCAUGAGCUCUUUGCGGGCCUCUCUUUCGAUACCAUCUCCUCGACAGGACCAAACGGUGCUGUCAUUCACUACAAGCCCGAGAAGGGAAGUUGCUCCAUCAUCGAUCCUAACGCCAUCUACCUCUGCGACUCUGGUUGUCAAUACUAUGACGGAACCACCGAUACUACCCGAACUUUCCAUUUCGGUACCCCCACCGAGUUUGAGAAGCGUACUCUCACUCUGGUCCUGAAGGGAACUAUUGCGAUUGAUGAGGCAGUUUUCCCCAAGGGAACCAGUGGUUUCGCCAUCGACGUUUUGGCGCGCCAGCACUUGUGGAAGGAGGGCUUGGAUUUCCUCCACGGAACAGGCCACGGUGUUGGCUCUUACCUGAACGUGCACGAGGGUCCUAUCGGCAUUGGCACUCGAGUCCAAUACACCGAAGUUCCCAUCGCAGCUGGAAAUGUUAUCUCCGAUGAACCUGGAUAUUAUGAGGAUGGCAAAUUUGGAAUCCGGAUUGAGAACGUUGUUAUGUGCCGCGAGGUCAAGACUCCCCACAACUUUGGAGACAAGCAGUGGCUAGGCUUCGAGCAUGUCACCAUGACCCCCAUUGGUCGUAAUCUGAUUGAACCCUCGCUUUUGAGUGACGCCGAGCUCAAGUGGGUGAACGACUACCACGCUGAGAUCUGGGCGAAGACAGAGCACUUCUUCCAGGCUGAUGACUUGACUCGCUCAUGGCUCGAGCGUGAGACUCAGCCCAUCUCCAAAUGA